UUUGCGUCACCGUCCAUAAAUCAGAAUCCUGACACCAUUUGUGUCUGUCACCACCAAACCCUUCUUUUCUCCAAUUUUGUUUCCUUCUUCUUCUUCUUCCUCUUUGCUUUGUUUCUGAGUUACGGUUUGUGAUUUCUUCGUCAUCAAAGAAGAAAACCCAAAAGGAAAGUUUCCAAAUUUCAGAAGAUUUCUCUGUUUUUUUUCUUCCUUGUUCUUGUUUGAUUCUUCAAUCAAAUCACAAAGGGUUUUGAGAUAACCCCCGUCAAUGGGUGCAGGGUUCUCUCUUUUUCACAAAAACCUAUCGUCUUGUUAUGGAGAUCGAGAUCUGACCAAGCCUGGUUUAGGAGAUUUGCCUGAAAGUUGCGUGGCGUUGAUCCUCCAGAAUUUGGAUCCGGUUGAGAUCUGCAGAUUCUCGAAGCUAAACAGAGCUUUUCAUGGCGCCUCUUGGGCUGAUUUCGUCUGGGAAUCGAAACUUCCUCCUGAUUAUAGAUUGAUUCUCGAGAAAAUUCUCGGUGGUUUCCCGGAAAAUCUGAGUAAAAGAGACAUCUUUACUUUUCUCUCUCGAGUUAAUUCCUUCGACGAGGGCAACAAGAAAGCUUGGGUUGAUAAACGAACCGGUGGGCUCUGUUUAUGCAUAUCGGCUAAAGGGUUAUCGAUAACCGGAAUUGAUGAUCGGAGAUACUGGAGUCAUCUUCCGAAUGAUGAAUCUCGAUUCUCAUCAGUAGCAUAUGUUCAACAAAUCUGGUGGUUUCAAGUUGAUGGAGAAAUUGAUUUCCCAUUCCCAGCUGGAACGUACAGUGUUUUCUUCAGGCUUCAUCUAGGCAAACCAGGGAAGCGGUUUGGUUGGAAGGUUUGUGACACAGAACAGGUUCAUGGAUGGAACAUUAAACCUGUUCGGUUUCAACUCUCAACUGAAGAUGGUCAACAUUCUUCAUCCCAAUGCAUGUUAACAGAAGCAGGGAACUGGAGUCAUCACCAUGCUGGAGACUUUGUGGUCAGUAAAACGAAAAAUUCAUCGACGAAGAUUAAGUUCUCGAUGACUCAGAUUGAUUGCACGCAUACUAAAGGCGGGCUGUGUCUAGAUUCUGUAGUUGUGUAUCCGAGCUCGUGUAAGGACCGGUUGAUGCAGGUUUAAGUUGCAAACUGGAGUUUGGUGUUAGGUGUAGAGGUUUUAAAAAGCUGUUCUUUUUGUAGUUUUUUUUAAACCUCUUGUAGAAACCUUUGGGGGGGGGCGUAAAUUAGAAAACUCAUUGUAAAGAGAAAAAAGAAAAAAAGAGAGGGUAAAAUAUUAAGUACUACCAGUUUAGGCUCUUUGUUUCAUUGUUUAGGUCCAAAUGUAAAACUUGUUUUGAGUUUGAAGUUGAAAGAGUUUAUAUAUUAUAACUAGCUUAUUACAA